AUGAAUCAAUCUAAGUUAUUCACAGGAUCGGCCUACGGGACGAGGAAAAAGAUGGCCUUUACAUUCACGGGACCGGUGGAUUUGCAAGCUGGAACGAAUACGAUCUCCCUGCUCAGCGUAGCGAUGGGACUACCGAACAUUGGAGUCCAUUUCGAGAACUGGAAUGUGGGAGUCGGGCAAGUCGCGCUCUACGGGCUAGAUCGAGGGAAACGAGACUUGUCAAGACAGAUGUGGUCUUACAAGGUCGGAUUAAAAGGUGAAAGCCUGAAUUUGGUUUCUCCAGACAAAGUUUCCUCCGUCGAAUGGACAAAAGUGUCAGCCGUUGCCCAAACCCGACAGCAAAUGAGGUGGUAUAAGGCAUAUUUCGACGCGCCGGGCGGAGACGAGCCGUUGGCGCUAGACAUGGGAAGCAUGGGGAAAGGUCAAAUCUGGAUCAAUGGACAAACCAUCGGGAGGUAUUGGACAGUAUACGCCCAAGGGAACUGCAGCACUUGCGCCUACGCAGGAACAUACCGAACCCCAACUUGCGAGGCUGGCUGCAGCAAACCGACACAACAAUGGUACCAUGUUCCGAGAUCAUGGCUGCAGCCAACGCGAAACCUCAUCGUAGUCUUGGAAGAGCUCGGCGGAGACACCUCAAGGAUCGCGCUGGUUAAGAGAACGACAACGAGCAUUUGCGCAAACGCAUUCGAGCACCACCCGUCGGUAGCUAAUUACAAGAUCGACGCCACUGGUACGCAGAAAAUGGCUCACGAGGCUAGGGUUCAUCUUCGAUGCGCAAUGGGCCAAGCUAUCUCGGCAAUCAAGUUUGCAAGCUUCGGGACUCCGAUGGGAACUUGCGGGAGCUUUAAACAGGGACGCUGUCAUGCCGAGAGCUCCCACGCCAUCGUCGAAAAGAUGUGUGUGGGGAAGAAAAGUUGCAGAAUCGAAGUAACAAAUCGAUACUUUGGGGCAGAUCCUUGUCCUAAUGUUUUGAAGAAACUAUCAGUUGAAGCCAUUUGCCUACCACAACAAUAA